UUAAUACAGUUUUCUUAGAGGUUUGGCGGAGUGCACAAUUCGAAGAGAUAUCCUUCGAGAAUCGCAGUAACGCAGGUUUUGGUGUAUACCAGGAGGGAGAUUGAUCCGUGUGGAGUACAGUGUGAAUUGUCGAUCGGUGUGGAAAAGUGUUGGACAUUUGAAGAUUUUGAAUUGAUCGAUCAAAGGACACUCUGUUUCGAGGUGAAAACAGUGUGAAGACCAGUGUGAACGACAAAAUGAAGUACAGCAUAGUAUUCGUGGUUGCUUUGUUUGGAGCCGCAAUGGCCCAGGAAAGCUUCAAAUGUCCAGAUGACUUUGGUUUCUACCCACAUCACACAUCCUGCGACAAAUACUGGAAGUGCGACAACAACGUGGCCGAGCUGAAAACUUGCGGAAAUGGUCUGGCCUUCGACGCGACAGACUCCAAAUAUCUGACAGAGAACUGUGAUUACCUGCACAACGUUGACUGCGGUGACCGCACGCAGCUAGAACCCCCAAUCUCCACUCCACACUGCGAGCGUCUGUAUGGUAUCUUCGCUGAUCCUGCCAAGUGCGACGUUUUCUGGAACUGCUGGAGCGGCGAAGCCUCUCGCUACCAGUGCUCUCCUGGACUGGCCUACGACCGUGAAGCUCGCGUCUGCAUGUGGGCCGAUCAGGUUCCAGAGUGCAAGAACGAAGAAGUAGCCAAUGGCUUCGCCUGCCCAGCUGCCGGAGAAAUUUCCAACGCUGGAUCCUUCUCGCGACAUGCUCACCCAGAAGACUGCCGUAAAUACUACAUCUGCCUGGAGGGAGUCGCCCGUGAAUACGGAUGCCCAAUCGGAACCGUCUUCAAGAUCGGAGAUGCUGACGGUACUGGAAACUGCGAAGACCCAGAAGAUGUUCCCGGAUGUGAAGAUUACUAUGGUGACUUGGACUUGAAAAGCAUCCGUAAGAGCGAACUCCUCGCCGGUCUCGCACAGGUGGGGUCGGGUGGUGCCCAACCUGGCAAAUCCACUUUCAAAUCCAACCGCCCAGCUGGAAAGGAAAACUAAACCAUAACUCAAAACCACAAAAAGAAAACAAAUUAGAAACAGAAGUGUACUUCAGAAGACCUAAAGACCUAGACGCUAGGGACCGUAGCGGAACUAGUUUCUAAGAAGUAUUUUAAAAAAUACCUUGAAAGAUCCUCCUACGAACAUCCUGCCUUUUGAUCAGGAGGACAAUAGACUGUUAUUAAAGUAAAGAUUUUAGAUAAGUGAUAGUCAGAGAGGAAUACUCAAAUUUGCAGAAUUUUUACAAAACUUUUAAAAAUCUUAACUUUACGUAUUUCUGAAAAGAUGUUUCGUAUUUUACACUCAAGAGUAGUGAGCUUCGCUCGAUCAGAGAGAACGCGAUUUUAAUUUAUUUAUUUUCUUCCUCUUAGUUAAGCAGACGUGAAGCACUGACUCUUACCCUAUUCACAAAUAGUGACACCGAUACCUACCCUUCCUAUUAUUCCUCUCAAUUCUACUGUGUACACCGACUGAGGAACAUACCCUCAUAAAACAAGUUUCAACUUUUCUAUGAAAAAGAGAUUUCAUUUGUAUGUAAAAAUUGGAAUAUCAAAUGCCUUAUACAACAGAAGAAGAAACCUAAGAAAAGAAAAAUAAAGGAAAAAUCGAAAAAAAUAAUAAA